AUGGGUCAGACAGCUGGUGCUCAGAACACAAGACCACCAGGGGGACUUCCAAGUGACACUGAUCCAAAUCCGAAACUAUGUGCAGCAGUGUCUCUCAGAAAGGGGCGGCAACUAGAGGAAUUGAUGUCGAAGAAAGUGAUUCCGGCAGAAACAGCUACUGAAGACGAGAUUAUUGAGAUGGAGAGAGUGGCGAAGACACCGGUGAGGUUGGCAAAACAAAAGGAAGAGGCCACAUACAAAAAGUUUCUUGAUUUAUCGAAGCAAGUACAUGUGAAUGUUCCUUUAAUUGACAUGCUUCAAGGGAUCCCGAAAUAUGCCAAGUACAUCAAGGACAUCGUGGCAAACAAGAGUCGUUUCACAGAGUAUGCUACUGUUGCACUUACUGAGGAGUGCACUUCCCGUAUUCAAAACAAAUUUGCCUACAAAGUUGAAGGAUCCAGAAAACUGAGGUUGGGAAACCCGAGACCUACUACUAUUGUUCUGCAGCUGGCAAAUAGAUCUUUAGCCAGGCCCGAUGAUUUUUUCAUCUUGGAAUUCGAGCCAGAUCCGGAAGUCCCAUUUAUUUUAAGGCAUCCAUUUAUUGCCACAGGAAGAGCAUUGAUCGAUAUAGCAGCAGGGCAGCUAUCUAUGAGGGUACACGAUAAGGUUGAAGUAUUUAAUGUGUACAAAUCCCUCAAGUUGCCCGCAAUCUAUGAGGAGCAUUCUGCUAUUACUGUGAUGAAUGACGACACUAGGAGACCUCUCAUCACUUCUCAUGACCCGUUGGAGAGAGCGCUAGUAGGUAAAGAUAUUUUUGGAGAUACAGAAGCUGAUGUGAUGAUGUAG